AUGGACGCACGACUCGAAACGUCGGUCACCGUGGAGCAGUUGCCUCCUCCCAUCACCCUCAGUACGGAGUCCGUCUCUCUAGAUAUCACCGAGGAGCCGACAGUCACCAUCGACGUGACCCAGGAUGGGCUUGUAGAACAACCCACAGAUAUCAACCAACCCAAUGAUCAUUCCGACCCCCCUCCUCAAGAAUCAGAGCAUCAGACUCCGACCCAAAACACCGACGCCGAGGUGUCACAGGUAGACGACCCGUCCAAUGUCUCCACACCCGCACCCCAUACGCCACCAGAGGAACGUGCGUACUGGGCGGAAAUCGAGGAAGACUUAUCGGUUCCGGACGAGGCUGAAAUGAAGGAGAUCGAGUCAGCGGCGGACGGUGAUUACAGUGCCUACGAGUAUGACUAUUGGGAGAAGAACUUUUACCCAGAGCUUGAUGAUCCUGAGUACCGACCAACGGAGAAAGCUCGUCUAACCUGGAAGAUCAAAGGCAUUAGAGGCACGAAAGAUCAACCAAACCACGCUAAAGUAAUGCGCUCCCCGCCCGCAUACGUUGGUGGCUAUUGGUGGACCAUCAAGUUCUUUCCACGCGGCAAUAAUGUUAAUUCUUUGAGCGUCUAUCUUGAAUGCUCUCCUACGAUGCCAGCUCCUGAUAAGACUUUACCGGAGACUGAAUUUGCUGUUCUCUAUGGUCCUGCUGAAAGUGACCUCAAAGACAGCCCUCCCAUUCUAGAUAUCAAGUUUCCGAGGACCGAGGACUCAGCAGCGUGGAUGGAAAAUUACAAGUCACAGUAUCCACCAACAGAGAAGCAAGAAGACUGCCAUUCUGAGUCAUGGAGAGUAUCUGCCCAAAUUGGUGUUAUCUUAUAUAAUCCGGAUGAACCUCGUACUGGAUGGAUGCAAUCUUCCUGCCAUCAAUUCAACCCACACAACCUGGAUUGGGGAUGGACUAAUUUCCACGGCCCGUGGGAUCAGAUCCACCGUCGCCAGCGGGGCCAACGCCAGGCCUUGCUCCGCAAUGACACAUUAGCUUUCGAUGCAUACAUCCGCCUAGUUGAUGACCCCACUCGGUCUCUGUGGUGGCAUGCAAGCGACUCUGAACCUACCUGGGACAGUUUGGGUCUAACUGGAUAUCGUCCGCUAGGCGACUCGGUCAUCAAUCACAGCGCCGAGGUUGCUGGCCUGGCAACGUGGCUGCAUAUAGCUCCCUUCUGCAAAAUCAUCCAGAAUGUGAACGUUUUUGAACACCUCACCAACUGUGAUGUAAAGCCGAAGCCACUAUGCGAUGCAUUGCAAAAGUUCCUAUGGCAGCUGCGUUCCCGUGGGAAGUCUCUGCAGUAUGUCGACACGGACACUAUCACAUCCAUCCUUCGCAAUCUGCAUGAAUACUCGGGUGAUGUUUGCGAGUUUUGGGAGCUCUUGCGACGUACUCUCGAACUGGAACUUGCGGGUACAGAUGCGGUGAAAGAUCUUGCUGCACUCUUUGACAGCCCCAGCCUGGACUCACUCCCUGCAGACACUCAGGGGCAGGAUGUAGUCAACAUUCUCCCCAGGGACUUCAAUUCUCGUAUUUGUAUCCCCGCUGACCAGGCGACCACAAUGCAUGGAGCCCUUGCUUCGUACUUAGGCGCAAAGCCCGGUCGCUGGAUACUGCCGCCAAUCCUUCAUGUGGAGUUAGGUCGGCAAAAGCUCGACAAGACCGCCAGGCAAUGGCGUCUGCUCUACAAUCGGGUUGAACUAGACGAGGAGCUUGACCUAGCACCAUGGAUUUUGGACGGACAAUGUGGCAAGUAUGUCUUGUAUGGAUAUAUUGUCCACCGUGGUCGACGCACCUCUGGAAAAUUCUUCAGUAUCCUGCGCCCAGGGGGUCCAGGCUCUAAAUGGCUAGCAUUUGACGAUGGCAGUGACAAUCGUGUUGAAUGCUUGACCCGCAAAACAGCAUUAGGGCCACAUAUCGGCCUGGAUGCGUCCCAGAAAGUGGAUCACAAAACUGGACACGACGUGGCCAUUGCAGUUAUGUAUAUUCGCAGCAAUGUUGUACAGCAUUAUCUGCCCGGCCCCCAAGGGCCAUGGGACGUUCAGGACUCCGUGAAAAUAUACUAUGAAACCGGAACGCUACCUUUAACAGCAUCUUCAAACGAAAAACCGGUCGAGGAUAUCCAGGUUGAAGUAUACUCGAUGUCACAGUAUGAUAAACUGGACAGUCUGUUUGAUACAUACGAUCUCAUGUCACAAGCGAAGACAGCCAACAAUGUCAUGUACCUGACGGUCCCCCGGUCGACAAAUCUUAUAGAACUUCGUAAAAAGAUUGCCCUUUGGGUAUCUGCAGGCGCCCAAAAUGAAAUCUGUCCGGAGUAUGUGCGUCUCUGGCAAAUUGGCCACACUAUUGAUCGGUUCGGGCCUACCCUCGCAUUCUCGCGGGUCUCUGACCUCAAGAAAACACUGGACCUUCCCUUGCAGACUGCCCGUUUUUGGAUGCAAAUCGUUUCUGAAGUGGAUGCAAAGUACUUUGCAAUGAAAGACCCACAGGACGCGACCAUAACAGAGAGCAACAAACCUGAAGAGGCUAUUCUGGAGCGUGAUGACUCAGACUCUUCAGAUGACAGGGUAUUCGUGCACGAGAUAGAAGCUGUGCAAGCAGGCUCUUCUGAGACCCGGCCAAGCAACCCCACUAGCAGUGAAAUCCAACCCGUGACCACUGAAGAGCUCCCUGAGAAUGCCGUUGGCGCUGUAGCCGGGUCGGUGACGAAUAGAGAUCCUGAUGGAACUAUCGUUGGAGGAGCUAGCAAUGACGCUGUAAUUGCGACCGUUAUUGCGAGCGAUAUUCACGAAAUGGACUCUGAAGAGGCACCCAAUGCUGUACCUGCCCUGGAGGAUAUUCCCGAUCUGACAGCUAGAGUCGACAUUCAAUCUGGGCCUACCAGUCCCGAAAGCACGCCUGCUGUCCCAAUAGAGCCAGAAAUACCGCUGCCAGUAGACCAUGUCUACUAUUUUAUUCAAGUCUUCGACGUGGAUGCGCAAGCCCUACGUAGUGUAGGCUCACUCUUCUCACAAAAGAAGGCGAAUAUCAAAUCUGCUAUACGAAAGCAUCUCCAAUAUCCUCCAAACAAGGACUUCUUCAUUUGGCAGCGUGUGGAUGGCACCACGGUGACCACUAUAUCGUCAGCGGAUACGUUCGAGGGCUUUGUACCAGACGGCACUUGCUUCAUUGUCGGUGAAAAGCUUAGCAAAGAAAAGCGUGCGGAACUCAAUAUAGCAGGUCUGUUUGCUAAUCCAGACCAACUAGUACGGUACUUGUGGGCGGCUUCUCGUAACCACCCAAUCAAGGCCUUUACUGGAUAUAAGACUAUAAAUACAACAUUUACCAGUGAAUAUUAUAGCGGUGAAUUCAAGAAGGGAUACUAUCAUGGAAAAGGUACCCAUAUAUCAGAUUCAGCUGCAACCUACGUUGGAGACUUUAUACUAGGAAAACGUCAUGGUAAGGGAUUUAUGGAAUAUCCCACCGGUGAUACGUACGAUGGCGACUGGUCUGAAAACCUGUGCCAUGGCCAUGGUGCGUUCGUCGAACGGAAGACAGGCAACAAAUACAUUGGUGGCUAUAAAGAUGGAAAACGCCACGGAAAAGGUAUCAGUUAUUGGGAGGUGGCGGAUGAAGAGAUGGAUCUAUGCCAGAUCUGUUACAGCGAGGAACAGGAUGCCCUGUUUUACGACUGUGGGCAUGUAUGCGCCUGCGUGACCUGUGCUCGUCAGGUUGACAUCUGCCCAAUUUGUCGAAAGAAUAUUAUCAGUGUGGUCAAGAUAUACAGGACAUAG